UAUAUAUAUAUGUAUGGUCCAUAGCACAAGUGCGUGUCACACCACUACUUGCGUCACAUGCAUUCAUUCAUUCAUCACUAAAAAUGGCUUGAAAAAGCAUUCUCCAUCACUUUAGAUUGCUAUAAAGAUAGCCAGCUUUCGAUUUCAUUAUAUAUAUAUAUAUAUAUGGCCGCGGAAGCUUAUAAAGGUAUGUCGACGAGUAGUACUGCUGGUGGUGGUGGUGGUGGUGGUGGUGGUGGUGGUGGUGAUGAUGAUGAGUACAAGUAUGAGGAUUUGAUGGGAGUGAUGGCGGAGAAGCUAGACGUGGACAGCUUUGUGUCGGAACUGUGUGGAGGAUUCCGUCUUCUGGCAGAUGCUACAACGGGGCUGAUAACAUCGGAGAGUCUGAGGAAGAAUUGUAGAGUUGUUGGUAUGGAAGGGAUGAGCAAGCAAGAGUCGGAGGCGAUGGUGAGAGAAGGAGACUUGGAUGGAGAUGGAGCACUCAAUCAGACUGAAUUUUGCAUCCUCAUGGUCAGACUUAGCCCAACCAUCAUGCAAGAUGCCCAGACUUGGCUUCAGAAGGCACUUGAUCAAGAGAUGCUGCAUCAUAUGGAUAUGGCUUCCCCGCCAUCAUCAUCAGCUUAAUUAAUUAUUAAUUAUUCGCUUUCCCUAUAUAUAUAUAUAUAUAUAUUACACUCGAUCCAAUAUACCUUAUGAUCGAUCAAUUUGUACGUACGUAUUUUCAUUUUCAACUGGCUGUCUUAUCUGGCUGCUUAAUUAUAUAUGAUCAUGGGAUGCGAAUUAUAUGUAAUGAUCAUAUAUAUAUAUAUAUAUAUAUAUUUAUAUAUAUAUAUUUGAUGGAACUUUUAUGUACCACUAGGAUUAUGAUAGAGGCUUAAUAUUAACUUGGUUUUUGAGAAA